AUGAACAAAUUGCCAGAGAUGUGGUGCAUUGUCCUGUUUUCCCUUGUGGCCUGGGUUUAUGCUGAGCCUACUAUGUAUGGAGAGGUUCUAUCCCCCAACUACCCUCAGGCGUACCCCAAUGAGGUCGAGAAGUCUUGGGACAUAGAAGUCCCUGAAGGGUACGGGAUCCACCUUUACUUCACCCACCUGGACAUAGAGAUGUCUGAGAACUGCUCCUAUGACUCACUGCAGAUAAUGUCGGGAGGCCAUGAAGAAGGGAAACUCUGUGGACGGAGGACCAGCAAGAAUUCCAACUCCCCAGUGGUGAAAGAGUUCCACAUCCCAUACAAUAAACUCCAGGUGAUCUUCCGGUCGGACUUCUCCAACGAGGAGCGUUUCACUGGCUUUGCUGCGUACUAUGUCGCCGAGGAUAUAAACGAGUGCACAGCUUUUGCAGAUGCUCCUUGCAGCCACUUCUGCAAUAACUUCAUUGGUGGUUACUUCUGCUCCUGCCCUCCGGAAUACUUCCUCCAUGAAGAUAGGAAGAACUGUGGAGUCAAUUGCAGCGGGAAUGUAUUCACCACAAUGACUGGGGAGGUUGUGAGUCCUAAUUACCCCAGUCCAUACCCAGAGAGCUCAAGGUGUGACUAUCAGAUCCAGUUGGAGGAGGGGUUCCGAGUGGUGGUGACCGUGCGGAGAGAAGACUUUGAUGUGGAACCAGCUGACUCCGAGGGCCACUGUCCUGACAGUUUACUUUUUGUGACAGAAGACCAGCAUUUUGGUCCUUACUGUGGGAAUGGCUUUCCUGGGCCACUAACUAUUGAAACCCAGAGCAGCGCUCUGAAUAUCAUCUUCCAAACUGAUGGAUCAGAACAAAGAAAGGGAUGGAAAUUUCGUUACCAUGGAGAUCCAAUCCCUUGUCCUAAAGAAGUCAUUGCCAAUUCCUUCCGGGAGCCUGAGAGAGCAAAAUAUGUGUUCAGAGAUGUGGUGAAGAUAACCUGUGUGGAUGGGUUUGAAGUUGUGCAGGGAAGUGUUGGUUCCCCAUCUUUCUACUCUACUUGUCAAAGCAAUGGAAAGUGGAGUAAUUCCAAGUUGCGGUGUCAACCCGUGGACUGUGGCACUCCUGAACCCAUUCAGCAUGGUAGAGUCGAAGAUCCGGAAAGUACUCUAUUCGGUUCCAUCACUCGCUACUCUUGUGAGGGGCCAUAUUACAGCAUGGAACAUGAAGGGAGUGAGGUGUAUCACUGCAGCGGCAAUGGGAGCUGGGUGAACGAGGUGCUGGGCACAGAGCUGCCAAAAUGCAUUGCAGUCUGUGGCACCCCCAGCGAGCCUUUUAUAUCAACACAAAGAAUAUUUGGAGGCUCCAUGGCAAAGAUUGAAAAUUUCCCCUGGCAAGUCUUCUUCUCGAACCCAUGGGCUGGUGGGGCUCUCAUUGAUGAAUACUGGGUGCUGACAGCUGCCCAUGUCAUGGAGGGAAAUGAUAUGCCAGUGAUGUAUGUUGGAUCCUCCUCAGUGGUCACCUCACAAUUGUCAAAUGCUCAGAUGCUCACUGCCGAGAGAGUGUUUAUCCAUCCAGAAUGGGAGGUCCUGGAUCCUUCGAUAGUACGGAAGAAUUUUGACAAUGACAUUGCGCUGGUGCGGCUGAGAGACCCAGUGAAAAUGGGACCCAAGGUCUCCCCUAUCUGCCUACCAGGCACCUCCUCAGAAUAUGACCCCCCAGAGAACGUCCUGGGGCUGAUCUCAGGCUGGGGUCGAACAAAUGCCAAAAGUCAUGUUAUUAGGCUCAGAGGGGCAAAGCUACCCGUUGCUCCCUUAUCCAAAUGCCGGGAGGUGAAGGGGGUCAACCCUGGAAUAGAUAUCAGUUCUUUUGUUUUCACUGAGAACAUGAUCUGUGCCGGUAAUGACAAGGGUGUUGAUAGCUGUGAGGGGGACAGUGGUGGGGCCUUUGCCGUACAGGACCCUAAGGAAAACAACCCCAAGUUCUAUGUUGCUGGUUUGGUGUCCUGGGGCCCCCAGUGUGGGACCUACGGGAUCUACACUCGAGUCAAGAACUACGUUGACUGGAUAAGGAAGACAAUGCAGGAAAAUAGUGCCCCCAGUGUAGACUAA